UCGACUAUUUGGCGAAUGAUUCGCCUCGAAGGUCCAUGCAAUGUUAUGCAAGCAAACUGGAUUGUAUUCUAUUUUAAAACUCUAUCGUCACGACGCGUCGUCUUGCGGAUAUUCCUUUUCCCCACAUUUUCACGGCUGGCAAUGUCUCACAAGCAUGGAGCUUCCAACGCUGUUCUUUUUUUAAGAAAAAAAAACUUUGUUGACGAGCUAACCAUUCAUCAGUUUCCCCAGGUCUAUAUUUUGUGAUGUAAGGUUCUGACUACCGGUAGUUCGAGCAGUGGUGGUUUUUGCGUGCGCUCGCCGUAUUCGCCAACAUCGUCAGCGCAUCGCUGCUGACUUAUAAUACCGGGUGUCGUUAUUCAUUCAUUAAUUCAACAAGCUCCAUUCGCUCUAACACGUAUCAUUGCGAUCAUAGUUGUGAACACUUUGGAAAGAGACAAUCGGCGCCAACUCGCUACAUGGUCUGCAUUUAAGUUUAAGGACAAGCUGGGAUUCGGAAGCUUAUUAUUUCGCGUGAAGAUCGCCAAACUGGAUUUUCCUCUUUCCAUGCAGUUUCAGAGGAUAUAGCUGGUGGAAAGGGAAUUCAGCAGCAGACACGUAUCCUGCUUGAUUCAAGAAAAAAAAUCCUUGAUUCAAUUUUGGGACAGAAUUCCAUUACCAGUGCCUUUCUUUCUCAAGCCAUUCUUCAGUUUGGUUUAGAUGAUAUAUCUACCAGGUUACUGCAAUGCGAAACAACAUGAACAAUGUGAACAUGGUGCCCCGAGGCUGGCGAGGAUGAAUGGAUAGAGGGAACAUUGUCAUUUUUAUCCGUCACAUCUAACAUGUCUAAACAAAGCUUAGAUCACCAAGAUCUUUGAAGUUGCAUGCGUGAAACUCCUCUUAAUUUUCAAUAUGGAUUACCGAAAUAUGGUUCCAUUUUUACUUUCUGCAUCGACAUGAGAUUGAAGUGGACGAGAAAAAGCUCGGAAUUGUUCUCGUUACCAGUCUGAAUCGUUAUAGCAAGCCCUCUGGAAUUGAAAGGAUAUUAUCAUAAAAUACAAUCCCCAAUGACAGUGUUUGGCCGAUUGAGUGUCUUGAUUUUACUCAUGUUUGAAAAUGGAAAGAUGCAAAAGAUAACUCUCUUGAGCCUUCUUCAUCGUUCGUUAUGACCCCCGAGGAUGUCUAGCUGCUUUCAUUUCCAUAAUUCAACAUCUUGAGCAUCAGGCUGGCAACAUAGACGUGAGGGCAGUUAGAGAUUCAUGAGAAAGUUCUGUCAACUGUCAUGUUAAAGCAUUCGAUAUUUAUAUGCAACACAUAAUGGGUUAUGUAUGUCAGCAAUACAGAUAAAAAAAUACAAAUUACACUAUAAAGAAGGAUUAUUCUAUUCGUUGCGGGGUUUCCUGACUAAAUAUGAGAUCAACCGUUCACCGCUGGGCCAAUGAAGUGUUCUUAAUAUGCCAUGGACGAUUAUGUCGAUCGGUGAUCACAUGCUGAAGAUGUUUGACGAGGAAUGCUUUAUUAUAUGAAAAUUUAACAUGAUAGAGCAACAUUAGCAUGAUCAUAGGAAGUUGUAUUUGGAACUCUUGGGCGAUAUCUGAAAGACUGCCGCAAUAAACUAAAAUACUAAACUCUUGUUAGCUUCGGAUCAUUCCUGUCUUGAAGAUCUUUAACAAGUGAAUCCUUAUACAGUUCAAGAUGGGAUUGUCAACGGCACUAAUCGUCGUCGUCUUCACCUUUUCAACGAUGCAUUCCUCUGAAUCCUCGUGUGUAAACCUCCAAGGGUCGUUAUCGUGUUUAGAUUUCAACUGUAGUAUGUCAUGGCGAACGGUUGCCAGCUCGGACCCGGCAAACCCGACCAGCUACACGCUCUUUUACGCUAUGAUGUAUACCUCACAUGACGUUGUACAGCAUUGGGAACCCGUUGAAGGGUGUAUGAACGUGACGAGCACCGACUGCAAUGUGAGGGCGCUCUUCAAAGACGACGACGAUUUCAGAGGAUUCCAAAGAUUUCGAAUUGAUUACAUCACCAACGGUUCUGUGAGUUGUCGAGGCAGGAAGUUUCAAAGAGAUCCUCUAAAAUCGGUGAAAUUGAGUGCCCCACCAAUUACCCACAUUGAGGCGACUUCGGAGGAGAUAUCUUUCCGAUUGAUAUACCCGUCGGAUAACCACUACCCGGGGCUUGAUCUUCAACUCCUCCGGCAGUUUGUCAACCAUAAAUAUCAUGUUAGUGUGAGGAAGUAUGACACCAACGCCACAGUUAAGAAUUACGCCAUUAAGCAUGAUCUUUCUGCGAUACAAAGGAUAUACGACCUUCUGCCUGCCACCAAAUACCUGAUCAUUGUGCGCUCUGCCGUCUAUCCACCGGUCGUCUGGGGUCCUUCUGCAUCUAUGGCGGUUGUAAAAACUCUUGAAAAACCACCUUCGAUAGGGCCCAGUAAUCUGAAGCUUGUGAACAGUUCUUUUUCAUGUACAGCACCGGACCAAAGAGAGAUUAUUAUCACGUGGAAGGGAGUUGAUGAAGAGUACUGGAACGGAGAGCUACUGUUUUACGAAGUACGGGCUGUGCUGUGGGAAUCUCAAGAAACGUUUACAAGCCGCUUGGUGAAUAGAUCAUCGACUAUGGUAUCUCUGAAAGGUCUGAGUAGGUGGGAAAAAUUUGACGUGGUGGUUUUUGCUAACAAUUCAGCUGGUGGAACAAGAAACAACAUCCCUCUGCAGUUGAAAAGUCAUGUUGUAGACGAGCGUGGGUCACAACCCCAGUCAGUAACCGUCUCUAGAGAACGCAAGAGCAGGACUGUCAUAGAAUGGCAACCUCCAGCGCUAUACGACGAGUGCAUCAUGGGAUACGUUAUCGCGUGGACAGAUGGUCAAGGAACGGAGCAUCACGUGAUAGAAGUCGGGAACAAGUGGUUGGGUGUGGUUGGUCACGUGGCAAAAGCUCGAGUGACGCCAUUACUGAGAAAAGAUUACAGGAACGAACAGACCGGGGUCGCGUUGAUGUAUAUCGGUGACAAGGCACAUGGAGGUUCUGGCUUUAAUCUCUGGUUCCUGCUUUUGAUUGGAGUGUUGGUGUUCAUACUGGUGGUUACUAUUCUGAUCGUAGCUAAAUGGAAAUACAUCAAACUACGAUGGCUGAAACCUCAAUUCAAAGACGGCUUCAACCUUGAGCACAACAAAGUCCUGAAACCAGCCUUUGAUCGCCAGGUGUCAUACGAGCCAUGCCUCCGCCAUGAGAAAGAAGUAUUUGACACUCCAUCACCAGGUGUUCAUAACCCGCAGGAACUGCCACCUUGGAGUCCAGACUUCGAACGAAGCCCGAGAUACGAACACCAGGUUCCCUUGCUCCAACGCGGAUUACCCGUAGUGGAUGAUAUCGACGAGGUCGACCUUCCCCCGGAGACGGAAGAUGCUGUCUUUGAAGCCAACGCGGUGCAUUCUUCAAAGAACCGUGGGAGCGAGACCGGUUCAAAGUCGGAUUCUGCUAUUGAUACUCUGUCGGCUAGCGAUGCUGAGUACGAUGAUAUUGCAGCACCUGUAGCACCAUCCGAUAGCGGGUAUAUAACACACAUCAAUCUGCAAGAUCAUCUCCAUGCUACAGCUCACAUUGAUGAUUAUACCAGGACAGGUGUUAGUGGAUAUGUUCCUCUUAGUUCCGCAGUAGGCUCGUCUAUAGAAUCGGACCGAAAUGUCACAAGUAACCCUAACACACCAUCCGAUGAUUAUGUAACUGAGCAGAUCGAUACAUAUACAGUAGCAGGAGUCAGUGACCAACCAUCGACUCAAAAUUCGCCUACAGGUCCAGGUAGAGCCAUUAGCCUUAGCGAAGACAUCGAUCCUACCUCGUAUGACCCACAGAAUCCGACAGAACCAAAGGUCGGAAGGGAAACACCGUCGCGUCCUUCACUUCAUCCUGGGAAGGCGCAGAUGGUGUCGUCUCCGUACGUAUCCCACUCUGAAGUCAUGCAGCCUUCGUCCUGGAGUUCUGACAGAAGUGGUGACGACAUCGCCGACUACUCCAAGCAGACCAUAGCUCCAACACCCACAAACAAUGGACAGAAGACACUUCAAGAAAGUGCUCUCAAAUCUGACAAGCAAGAAGCGAGAGAAAAGUCAGGGCAUGAGGUUUCAUCCUCUACAACCAGGACAACUGACGAAGACAUAAAGACCCUGCAGCGAGAGCGAGUCAAUGUAUUACCCAUUUCCGAGGAAGUUGUUUAAAUGUUUAUAUUUUCUUAUUGGAUGAUCAUUUAGAAUAUUGUCUCUGCCAAGAAAAAAAAAACAUUCUCAAGUCAUGUAUGACAAGUGCCUGAAGUGACGUUGUCUCUGCAAUGACCGGCUCGUAGCAAGCCAGCUAUCCUGAAAUGCGCCUUAAUAUAGUGAGCCAUAUUAAGUAAUGUACUGCGCAUGAGGUAAGAUGUUGACAAAUUGCAAUUGUACCGAUGGAUUUAAGCUAUUUGAUCUCGGGUUGGAAAUGCUCGCCAUUUUUUUCGCAGUAUAUAUAUAUAUUGUAUAUACUGCUUAUAUGAUUAGAUAUAAUAUGGAACAUGUUACUCCCUUGCAAAGAUUGACUGAAACGGCAACACUGGCAGAUACCUGCGAUUGCUUGAUUUCUCUUCAUCAUGCCCAUGUUUUGUACAGGGUAAAAUCUCAUGUUUGCCAGUUGUUCCCUGAUUGUGAGACACAGAAGAAAGUAUGAACAUUGAUGUUGGGCUCAAUUACAAAUACAAUUAAAUUACCUACUUGAGGAAAUGUUCUAUUACAAUUACUUUUCAAUUAAAUUACAUUUUUUUUAAUUACAAUUACCAAACACUUUUGUCAAUUACAAUAUCAUUUACUUUCUAGAAAAAUCAUAAUUGAAACAAAUUUUAAUUCUGUAUAUAGUACCACCUAUUUCAACAUACUUCUCAGUAAGUUACGGAGAAACUGACAAGAUGAAGGUUUGGGUUAAAGAGCAGGGGUUGCGACUUUUACUUUCUUUUUACUACUGAAGCAGUUGAUAUGAAAAAAGUCAUGAAAUUAAAUCAUAAAUUAAGCAAGUUUAUUGAACAGUAAUUGAAUGUAGUUAAAAGUUAUUGACAUAAUUGAAGUCAAUUACAUUUUUGAUCAAUUACAAUUACUCAAGAAAGUAAUUAAUUACGUAAUCGACUACUUACCUUGUAAUUGAGCCCAAUCCUGUUAAAGACUAAAUUAUUGAAUUCAUUGUAAUAAGAUUAUCGGCCAGACAGAUAUGACACAACGACGCGUCGUUGUAUAUCAGCGCGGCGCGAAGAGCAAGCCUUGUUAGAUCAAAGUCGAUCCUGAAAGUUGUUAUUCAACACUAUCAUCAGAAGCUAAAUACCCGUAUUUAUAUGCACUGAUACAGACAAAAUGCUAGGUCGGACAAAGUCAUUUGUUUCUUGGGUCCGGUAUGACGGAGCUUUCAUUUCCGAAGCUCUAUUGAUGUAUCUUUACAUCUGAAGCACAGCCGAGCCGUGACAUUGAGUACUUCUCAGCUCCUAAAAGUUGUUUCCUUGCUUUAUCGCAUCUUUAGAUUUGAAUAAAAACACACUAUUUAAUAAACAAGGCUCCUCAGUCUAAAUUCACAGAAUAAUUAUUUAACAAAUUUACCUUUCUGUUUAUAUAUAUGAUAAUUUUUCUGCUUCUUGUGGUUUUGAUGCACUUUUUCCUUCGACUUUCCAUAAAUGCCUUUGCCAUUAUGCUUUCUCGUAUACAGUGCCUGUAAAUAGAUAAAUGUACAGAGACUCGAAGUCUACCGAUAAUUGCCUUUUUGUCCACUUAUGAUAAGUUCUACAAUUGCUAUAUCAGUACUAGAGAGUAAUUAUUCUUAAAAGAGACUUUCUAUAUAGUGUUAGUACUAAUUAAAUGCUUAACUUAUGUAUCAUAGUUCGGUUUGGGUUGAGUACUGUCAUGAUGGUAAUUGCUUCUAGCAACUGGGCGUUAUGGCGCUUGCCUUUGAUUUAAGCUAUAUAUAUAUAUAUAUAUAUAUAUAUAUAUAUA